GGGAGACCAGAUAUAGUGAAUGCGGGGUCCGGGGAGACCAGAUAUAGUGAAUGCGGGGUCCGGGGAGACCAGAUAUAGUGAAUGCGGGGUCCGGGGAGACCGAUAUAGUGAAUGCAGGGUCCGGGGGAGACCGGAUAUAGUGAAUGCAGGGUCCGGGGAGACCGGAUAUAGUGAAUGCAGGGUCCGGGGAGACCAGAUAUAGUGAAUGCAGGGUCCAGGGAGACCGGAUAUAGUGAAUGCAGGGUCCGGGGAGACCGGAUAUAGUGAAUGCAGGGUCCGGGGAGACCGGAUAUAGUGAAUGCAGGGUCCGGGGAUACCGGAUAUAGUGAAUGCAGGGGUCCGGGGAGACCAGAUAUAGUGAAUGCAGGGUCCGGGGAGACCGGAUAUAGUGAAUGCAGGGUCCGGGGAGACCGGAUAUAGUGAAUGCAGGGUCCGGGGAGACCAGAUAU